GAAAUGAUACCCUUCGCUGCUGGAACAGGCGGUGUUUUGGAAAUUAGAGGGACGGUGUGAGUACCACGUCAUUUGUUGCAGAUCACUUUAGAAAGCAGACAUUCUUUGGUACAUUUGUGUGCACUUUUGAGCGAUCCCUUCUUUUCUGUUCAUCCCGGCUGUAUGCAUAUAUGUGUUAAGUGGAAACGCCGCCUGAUCGGUGCGUGUCCGCUCGCUUCUAAGGCACGUUAAAGGUGCUGCCCGUCACAGACGCUUCUUCGCGUGACGGUUGUUGCUCGAUACUCCUGCUUUUUGCAUCAUACUCUUGGACUCGGGCAUUUUCUCAAAACAACUCACUUUGGUAGUAUAAAAGUCCCAGAGACUCCUCGGUGGAGAUGGCAUCGGGCACGGUGACACAAGCCGGCCCGGGACCCGUUUUGGCCCCAGAGCCGCUGGUGCCGGCAUGCAUGUUCGCUCCGGACCGAGGGAGUGGCGACGAUGUAACCGAGACGGAGCACUGCGAAGACGGUGAGGCGAUGAACGGCAGUGUCGGGGAUCAGCUCGACUUCACCAGUAAGGUGGCCCUAGUGAGCCCCAGUGGGGAGCAGUAUGACUUGCUGCUUCGACAGCUUCGAGACAGGAUGGAUGAAGGUUGUGGAGAAACCAUCUAUGUCAUUGGAGUUGGUUCAGACGGAAGAGACUAUGGUCUGAAUGAGGCUGACAUGGAAGCUUCUAUAGCAACAGUGCGUUCACUGUCCGAGCAGGUGGAUGCUGACAUGAUCCUGCUCAGAGAGCGGCAAGAGGCAGGAGGCAAAGUGCGGGACUAUCUUAUACGCAGACGUGUUGGUGAGAGUGAUUUCCUUGAAGUGCGCGUGGCUGUAGUUGGCAAUGUGGAUGCUGGAAAGAGUACACUGCUGGGUGUUCUAACGCAUGGAGAGCUGGAUAACGGUCGUGGAUUUGCACGACAGAAACUUUUUCGGCACAAGCAUGAAAUGGAGUCUGGCCGUACCAGUAGUGUUGGAAACGAUAUCUUGGGCUUUGACCAACAGGGUCAAGUGGUCAACAAGCCUGAUAGCCAUGGGGGUAGUCUUGAUUGGACCAAGAUCUGCGAAAAGUCCUCUAAAGUAAUCACUUUCAUUGACCUGGCGGGCCAUGAGAAAUACCUCAAGACGACAGUAUUUGGCAUGACUGGACACCUGCCAGAUUUCUGCAUGCUUAUGGUUGGCAGCAAUGCUGGCAUUGUUGGCAUGACCAAGGAGCAUCUAGGGUUGGCACUGGCACUGAAUGUCCCUGUUUUUGUAGUGGUAACCAAAAUUGACAUGUGUCCGGCAAAUAUCCUGCAAGAAACUCUGAAACUUCUGCAGCGCUUGCUGAAAUCUCCAGGUUGCAGAAAAAUUCCAGUUUUAGUGCAGAAUAAAGAUGAUGUUAUUGUAACUGCCUCAAAUUUCAGCUCCGAAAGAAUGUGUCCCAUUUUCCAGAUCUCAAAUGUCACAGGCGAGAACAUGGACCUCCUUAAGAUGUUCUUGAACUUGCUUUCUUCUAGAACAUCAUAUAGUGAUGAGGAGCCAGCAGAGUUUCAAAUUGAUGACACCUACUCAGUACCAGGAGUGGGGACAGUAGUUUCAGGAACUACAUUACGCGGAUUGAUACGCCUGAAUGAUAUUUUGUUGCUUGGUCCAGACCCACUGGGCAACUUUAUUCAUAUUGCUGUCAAGUCAAUCCAUCGGAAGCGAAUGCCUGUAAAGGAAGUUCGUGGUGGACAGACUGCUUCUUUUGCACUGAAGAAGAUCAAACGUUCCUCCAUAAGGAAAGGAAUGGUUAUGGUGUCUCCAAAGCUUAAUCCUCAGGCAUCCUGGGAGUUUGAAGCUGAAAUUCUAGUCUUGCAUCACCCGACAACAAUUAGCCCCCGGUACCAGGCUAUGGUGCAUUGUGGUAGUAUCCGACAAACUGCAACCAUCCUCUCAAUGAACAAGGACUGCUUGCGGACAGGGGACAAAGCCACCGUUCAUUUCCGUUUCAUAAAGACCCCCGAGUACUUACAUACUGAUCAAAGGCUGGUCUUCAGGGAGGGACGCACCAAGGCAGUCGGAACUAUUACCAAGUUAUUACAGACCACCAAUAACCUGCCCUCCAACGCCAAACCCCAACAGAUUAAAAUGCAGUCCACAAGAAAAACUCCUCUGCUGAGGAAAGAGGAGGGGUUACCAGCUGGUGGAGGGGCUACUGCAGAGGACAACCCACCGAGUCAGCAAGUUCUGGGUCGACCGAACAGCCCACUUGCAGUAAUGAUGGCUCCUGAGGAUGACACUCAGAACCAAGAGGGUAAUAAAGAAAACAAGCCAAAGAGUGGAGGAGGAGGAGGCAGACGAAGAGGAGGCCAGAGGCAUAAAGGAAAGUCAAUGAGCAGCUCGACGGCACCGACAUCUAGUGGUGGAGGCAGCUAAACACAGACCUUCAUUGCUCCUUUCCCGAAUGUAGGGGAGUUGCUUUUUUUAUUGAGUAGCACUAAGUACAAUGCCAGCCUGGUGUGAUGCAUUUUGCUCAGGAAUGCUGGUGUUCCCCAGGGUUUCUUUCUCUUUUUUAAUUUCAUUCACAAUGGCAACAGCUGUGUUGGUGGAUUACACUGCUAUUAAUGCUUUCAGACCUGUGAGAAAGAUUUUCAGUAAGGGCCUUUCUGACAAUUUGUAGUGUGAUGCAUGAUGGAAAAUGCCCCUCUCAUUUAUUUUUUUAGAAAAUCCCCAAAAACUACAAUGUUCUAAAAACAGCCAGCUGUAGAAGAUUUUUAAAUUCUGGAGUCAUGAAAAAAUAAAACUACAAACCAGUUUUAAGUUGGCUUAGUUGAUAAAUCCAAUAUUGGACAAAAUAGAAAUUCUUACUAUUUUAUUCCACAAAAUAUACAAUGACUCUGUAGUACACAGUAUAUUGCUAUACAGCCUAAAUUCAAAUUAGAACGUGACAGUUUUUUAUUUUUUAUUUUUUUUUCCUAAUUUUGAAAUAGUAAUUUAGCAUUCAAAGUGAUUUUUAAAAAUAGUUUUUGGUAAACCUAAGCAGCAUUUCAAGAAGCGCUUAAUGGAUUGUUGACACAACCCAUUUAAACUUUUUAAAUAUGUAAAAUAUAUUUCAUAUUAGUCCGGCAUAAAAUUGUAGGGAUGAGGAAACCUUUACACUUAACAUAUUUUAGUGGGUUUUUUUUUUGUGUGAAAGAUUUUUUCAUAAGUGAUUCAGCAAGGAAAAAUUGCCAGACUAGUAGCGUAUUCUAUAAACCAAGCACACAAAAAGAUACGUCACAACUUUGAAAGCACAAAUAGCAUUAAUGUGGCUAUCUCAUGUUCCUCUGUUAAGCUUACUAAUGCUGUCCACCUCAAAACUGACUCUGUUCUAGAAAUUUUUUUGUAAUUUCGGUGGACUUGAUUCUGUUACAGAGAAUGGUUUAAACUAUUUGUCAAUGAAAGGAAAUAAUGGUGGACUGUGAGCUUACAGAAUCCUUGUGGAAAAUAAUUUUGAUCAAGGCUAAGUUAUGAAAAUGAGACAAAAGCACUUUAAAUGGACUGCAUAAUUUGUUUUGUGGGAUUUAUUUUAGAAAUUCAAUUUUUUAUAGAGAAUGUUUCUUUUAAAGCUUUGAAUUGACUUACUGAUUAAAGGUUUCUCUAGUCUAUUAGAGCACCAGAUUCAGUGACACUCAAUGGAGGGGAAAACCUAAAAGAUUAAAGAGAUGGGUUACUUGUACGCUCUGCCUACACCUUUCAAUGGAGGUCUUGUUCUGUAGAAUCAGAGCACCGUGUUUUAAUAGGCUGUAUAUUGUGGAACUCCAGUGUUGUCUAAUCCUCAUGCUGGGCUAUCACACCUGGUUAACCAGAAACAUGAGGAAACAGCACUUCUAUUAUUGUGGAAUAAAUACAGUGGUCCAACUGACCUUGUACCUUGAAAUGUGCAAGGUUUUGUUUUAGUGAUUUUUUUUUUUUCUUUUCUCUUUUAAACAAUAUGUUUGAUUAACAUGUCCUUUUAAUUGCACAUUUUUUUGUAAGAAAACCUGCACAGCCAUUCACUGUGAACAUUGCUUAGUUAUUCCGUGGCUUGUGAUGUGUAGCCUGUCCACGUGUAUUGAAUUGAGUUUUGAUCUUGCAUUUUAAGUGAGGAGUACAGUAAAACAUCCUUUGGCUGGAAAUCAUGGGUAACGUCAAGCCUUCCUGAGGGGCCAUGGUGGUAAUUCUAGGAGUUGAAGGCCACUGUGUCCAGACUUAGCUGUGUGUGAGCACUUUAGAUAUUUUCCCUCGACUGUCCAGAAAUUCUAAAACUGGACCAGUCCACUUGGGUUAUGAUGAGAGAGAGAGAAUGAGGGCCCAGUGAAGAGCUCGCUGUACUAAGUGCUACUGAAAUAACAUAAAAGCAGCAAGAGUUCUUUUGGUUUUGUUUUCUAUUUUUAAUUUUUAUUGUCAGAAUCUGACCAGUAGCAAAAAAAAAAAAACCUGAAAAAUGAAAAUGAAGUAGUCUAGGGGUGAGAUUUGUUUGAAAUUAUUUGUCAAAUUACUGCACCAAAAAAGAAGAAAAAAAAUCUGAAAAGCUGUACAGUAUAUGUUUUUGCGUCUAAUUAUUUUCCAGAGCUUUUUUUUUCUGACCAGUAGACAAAUGCUACAAAAAAAGUAUGUAAAAAAAGUUUAAAAUAUGCAUAGAAAAAAAACCCAAUAAUGCCACUUUGUUUUCUGUUUUUAAAUGUAGCUACAAGUUAAUUUUUCUGGCACACAAGAAUGGUGCAGAUGUUAUGUAUGAAGAAGAAACAAAUGUGCUCUGUUGUAUAUGAUUUCUUCUUGAUUAAUACUUGUGGUUAUAUUUAAAAAAAACAAUGAAUGAAAACUGAAUUAAAUCUGUAGUUUUUUUUUUUUUUCGUGAUCUGUGUUUCACCACUUCUUCAUCUGAACAGGAAUACAUCUUUUUGAUUUUUUUUUCAUAUCUGAAACAAAACCAUAAGACUACAACUAAAGUUUAAAUAUUAUUUUUUCUACAAUAUUUCUUACAUCCUGUAGCUAAAAUUCACAAUUAACAUUCACAUCAAAAAAAUAGUCUUUUAUUUAUUUACUAGUCGGACAUUAAUGUCCAGUAAACUUGAUGAAUGGCUAAAAGAAAGCCAACUUUCCGUUUUUCAUAUUUGUAGGACAUCUCCAAAUUCAACAGACAGUAAAAUAUUCUGUUUUAAUUUUUUUAUUGUUUGGAAAAAUCAACAGUAACUGAUCUUGCUAUUACUUUUUCUUCACCCAGUGGUGGGCUUUCUCAGGACAGUCUCCUUAAUCUUGAUAGACUGGUUGCAGAGUGUAACGUUGUACUACUUUUGUUUGUAUGUGUGUGUGGUGUGCAGUGAAGGCAGUGGUACAGGAACUUGGCAGUGGGCAGCGUGGCACUGCUCAGAUUCCAUUUGUAAUUUCCAAGGUACUGCCCAGUACUGUUCUUUUGUAAGGAAUCUGGAUUUAAGGACCUGAAAUAGACGGAUAUCACAGACAUUGUUCCUUUACCAAGUUUUAAUCUGUGUUACAGGUACAGAAUUGUUCAGUUCAGAAUUAGCAAUAUCCUAUCACAAGCCAAAUUAACAUGUAGUGAUAUCUCUUAUUAUAUAUAAAAAAAAAAAUUAAAAUAGCUGAAGUGAAAGUAAUGUAAUGUAGGUGCAUAAGGAUGUACAUGUAUACACGUGUAUGACUGCACUCAUACUUUUUACUUUGUAGUAUAUAAACUAUAAGCACUAAAUAUAUUCUCAUUAUUCAUUAUGAUAUAAUAUGUAAAAUAUUCUGUCACGGUAAAAAGAAUUAAAAUAUUCAGAUAAGAAGAAAAAUAUUAGAAAAAAAAGAGGUGGAAUAGCGGUAAACAUGUUAUAUUGUAACUGGUACAUUUUGCACACACAAAUACUUAACCAAGCCCUCGGCCAUUGCUGGCGUUCAUUCGUCUUUGCAUUCCACAUAUACACUAUUUGACUUCUGCAUUUUGAGUGCUCAUUUAAUGUUUUAAUGGAUGCUGGAAUCAGUUUUUUUUAGCUCCGAUUCUGAUUUCUCUGGAAACGUAAAGACAUGGCGUUGAUUGCUGAUUGUUUGAGUCUGAGCGGAAACAGAAGACUGCGUUUGACUUCAGCUCUGCACAGGCCCCGUUUAAAUGCGGUAAAACGCAGCCCGUUUUGCAGGAGUCGUUGCAAGGAAAUCAAGGAGUAUACGGAUUUGGCCGAUUUCAAAUAUGAUCUCCUUCUGUUUGAGGUAUUUUCUUUAUCGCAUAGUUUAUCGAACAUAAGUAUUAAACAUCUAUACUUUGAGGGAUUCAGUCUUCACAGGCAGUAAGCAAGAUCUGGUAUCUUUUUUCGUUCAUAAAAAAAAAUACUGCUAACAAUUUAACUAGGUGGGUGGGAGGUGCCUUCUAACAUUUAGAGAUAUCUGACAAUGCGGUUCACUUUUUAAGAGAUCUGAAACCUGUUUCUCUCUUACUUUAUAUUUUAGAAUAUCUGAAAUGCAUUUUCAGACAUCUCAAAUUGACUCUCCAUGCAUUUUCAGCUUUUUGAAAUGCAUUUCGUGAUAUCUGAAAAUCACUUCCUAUAGCAUGUCAUACACUGCAAGUCCCAUUGAAAGAAUAUUUUAAAAUACAUUGAGGCACAUUUCAUCUAUGUUAAAAUGAGCUGGGGAUAAUUCUAGAGAUUUCUUGACCUGCAUUUCAGGUAGCUGAAAAUGGACAGGAAGCUAUUUUUGAGAUCUAAAAAUGUUUAAGGUAUCUACAUUUGUGUUGUAGAUGCCUAAAAAUGAUCGGAUAUCAUGGAAUAGGUUAAUUUCUUUUAAAAUGUAUCUUUUUAAACGUGUACAAGAUAUCUUAAAAUAAUAUUGAGGGUGUCCUGAAAGACAUUUUAAGAUAUCAUGAAAUGGGUUUGAGAGCUAAGAAUGUUUAUAGAUCUCUUCAUAUUGAGGAAUUAGCUUUCUGUCCAUGUUUACAUAUGUGAAAUACAUUUCAAGAUAUCUCAAACUAACCUCCUGCUCAUUUUAAGAUGAAAAGACUGAAAAUACUGGCAGUUUUGCAGAAAGUCAUUUUGAGAGAUCUUGACAUAAAUAGUGCGUCAUUCUGAGAUUUCUUGAAACCUUUACAUAUUUUGAGGUAUCUCUGAAUGUUAAUUUGGCUGGCUAUUGCGUCCCAGUAACAUAAUAGAUGGUGUUUUCAGUUCCUCUUGGAAGUCUGUUACCAAUUCUGUGAUUUUCUGACCUGAAUCCGUCCUUCUCUCGAGAACUAUACUAUUCAGUAACAAAAUACAGGGUGGGCCAACAGUAGGUAAUACAGUAUUUACUAAUCUUUACCUAUAAACUUCUUUUUUCGGGGCUUGUAAAUGAGAAGGUUUCUGAGAGGAAGGCUCACACAGUACAUAAAUCGAAGGAGUACAUCUCGCAAGCAUUUAUGGACAUUGAUGCUCAGCAGAAUUUGUGUGUCACAGUGUGGGGGACAGGUAUCAGGAAUGUUGCAGUAUUGAUGGGAGGAUAGUUUGAGCACCUAAGAGAAUAAACAAGACCCCAAACAGUGCUGUACAAUGGCUGACCCUGCGCACGGACCUCUUAAGGUCCUGUGAAAAGACCAUUUCCACUUGGAGAUUAAUGAAAUGUAUCAAAUCAAAAAUAGCUGUAAAAUAAAUAUAAAUUAAUGAAUAAAUACUGUAUACCUACUUUUGGCCCACCCCGUGUUUCUCAAUUGUUAAUCAUCAUUCAAAUGUUGUAAUAAUACAUUCUCAAGUCCUUAAUUUUAUAAACCACAUCAUCAUAAUGGAUAUCUGAUAAAAUGCUUAUUACCUACAGGGGUAGUUGGGACACUUUGUAGGCAGGGGUUUGAAUCCAAACGUGGCCUCUAAGUUCUCCUUGUUCCUGCCCAAGAACUCCGCAUCCCAAACUCCUGCAUGUUAGGUCAACUGGCAUCUCUAGAGUGUCUCUGGAUGAGUGGGGUGUGGGUGUGGGAGUGACUGUCUGACUGGGUAGGCACCACUUUCUCAAGGCCCUGGAGCUGUGUAAGUGGGUUAGAAAAUGGAUGGACAUCAGAACCCUGAAUGGGAUCAGGUAUGUUAGGAAAAUGCAUUUGUGACUGGCAGGGCACAGUAAUCCUGUGCCAAUAGUUUGUGACUUUAUGCUGCAAGAUUUUUAAUAAACAAUGUAAGAAAGUGGGGAAUUUUGUUAUCUUUUCUUUAUGGUGUUGUAAGGCAAUGAGUCUGAUUUUUAAAAAAAUCUUCUAAGGCAUGAUGAUACAAACUUCAUAUAUCCUAUAAAGUAACUUUUAUUGGAGACCUGUGGCCAGCGUAACUCUGCAACCAAUCUUGCUGUUUCACACUAAAUGGAUUAUACUUAAAUAAACCACCUAUGUAUUGAAAUGUAAUUUCUAGUUUAGAAAGCACUUGACUGAGGAGAUUGUCCUGUUUGAUUGUGUUCUUUUGUCCAGAAUGUCUGGUUGGUUUCAGUGUUUCAUCCUGGGGAAAAGAAGAGAAGAAUGAGGGGAAUCUGUACAAUUAAAAGGCAGAUUUCAGGUGACCACUGUCUGUAACCCAAGUUUGCUUCACAAUGAACGUUUUCUGUGAGUAACUCGAGUCUACAUUUUCAUUAUCUGUAAAAAGUGUUUUUUGUUUUGUUUUGCUUUAUGAAGGGUUCAAGUUGAAGGUACAGCGAGAACCGAAAAAGCAUUAAGAGUGAAGAUAAGAUUUUACAUAUUAUAGCCUGACUUAUUUUAUAUGCAGAUAUUUAAAAAAACAAAAACUUUUUUAUUGACCUUCAUGCUUUUUGAUAUUUUAUUAAUUACUAAAGAGUUUGGGGUUUUGGAUAUGAUGAAAGUAGAUUGAGAAUGUUUAUGUAUUUAAAAAGUCCAUUCUGUUUUGGAAAAUUGCUUUUCAUUAUUGCAUGAUCUUUUUUUUUUUUUUUUUUUUUUCUAAGAAAGAUUUCAAGAAACCCUUAUAAAAAAAAAAAAAAAUCAGGCAGAAUGAUGGAUUGUGUUACAUUUCAAAUAAAAGCAUCCACCUUUG